ACCCCAAUGGCACCGUCCCCAUGGAUUCCCACCUCGCGGGGGCUCUGUGCCCCAUUUCAGGGCUCCAUCUCCCCACCUCAGGGCUGUCCCCCCCCCCCCCACCCCCCCUGAAGAUGGCCGAGAAGCUGGUGGCCGGCGACCUGUUCCUGCGGCAGGCACGGGAAUCCGUGUCAUCCCUGGACUCGGACAAGCUGUCCCCUGUGUCCCCCGAGGCGGGCGGUGAGGAAUCGUCAGACAGCGAGGGCGAGCAGGAGGGCAGCACCCACAAACUCAUCCGGAAGGUGUCCACCUCGGGCCAGAUGCGGAGCAAGAAGAGUGUGAAGGAGGGGCUGCUGCUGAAACAGACGAGCUCCUUCCAGAGGUGGAAGCGGAGAUACUUCAAGCUGCGAGGCCGGACGCUCUAUUAUGCCAAGGAUGCUAAGUCCCUGAUCUUUGAUGAGGUGGAUCUGUCUGAUGCCAGCGUGGCUGAGACCAGCACCAAGAACAUUAACAACAGCUUCACAGUGAUCACGCCGUUCCGCAAGCUCAUCCUGUGUGCCGAGAACCGUAAAGAGAUGGAGGACUGGAUCGGGGCCCUGAAGUCAGUGCAGAAGUGGGAGAUCCACGAGGCCACGCAGUUCAACAUGGAACACUUCUCGGGCAUGCACAACUGGUACGCCUGCUCCCAUGCCAGACCCACCUUCUGCAAUGUGUGCCGCGAGGCGCUCUCAGGGGUCACCUCCCACGGCCUCUCCUGUGAAGUGUGCAAGUUCAAAGCGCACAAGCGCUGCGCCGUCAGAGCCACCAACAACUGCAAGUGGACCACGCUGGCGUCCAUCGGCAGCGAGAUCAUCGAGGACGAGGACGGGGUGGCCAUGCCCCACCAGUGGCUGGAGGGCAACCUGCCCGUGAGCGCACGCUGUGCCGUCUGCGACCGGACCUGCGGCAGCGUGCGGAGGCUGCAGGACUGGAGGUGCCUGUGGUGCAAAGCCAUUGUGCACAGCGCCUGCAAGGAGCAGUUCGGCAAGAGGUGCCCCCUGGGGCAGUACAAAGUGUCCAUCAUCCCACCCACCGCCCUGAACAGCAUCGACUCGGAUGGGUUCUGGAAGGCCACCUGUCCCUCCUCCUGCUCCAGUCCCCUCCUGGCUUUUGUCAACUCCAAGAGUGGGGACAACCAGGGCGUCAAGUUCCUGCGCAAAUUCAAGCAGUUCCUCAACCCUGCCCAGGUCUUCGACCUCAUGAAUGGAGGCCCACACCUGGGGCUGCGCCUCUUCCAGAAGUUCUCCACUUUCCGCAUCCUGGUGUGCGGCGGCGAUGGCAGCGUGGGGUGGGUGCUGUCUGAGAUCGAUGCUCUGGGGCUGCACAAGCAAUGUCAGCUGGGCGUCCUGCCCCUGGGCACUGGUAAUGACCUGGCACGGGUGCUGGGCUGGGGCAGCCUCUGCGAUGACGAUACGCAGCUGCUGCAAAUCCUGGAGAAGCUGGAGAGGGCCACCACCAAGAUGCUGGACCGGUGGAGCGUGCUGACCUACGAAGCCCCCAAGCAGUCUCCACCAGCCCUGAAGGAGGAGGAGGAUGGAGACUCCAACAUCCAGGCCCACAUCUCCCACUACGCCGACUCCGUUGCCUUCCACCUGGCCAAGAUCUUGGAGUCGGACAAGCAUUCAGUGGUGAUUUCAUCUGCCAAAUUCCUCUGCGGCACCGUCAAUGAUUUCGUGGCUGAAGUUGGCCGUGCCUACAAGAGGGCAACUGAGAACAAACAGGAGGCAGAGCUGAUGGCCAGAAAGUGCGCCAUGCUGAAUGAGAAGCUGGACUCGCUGGUGAGGGAGCUGACCGAGGAGGCUCAGGCCAUCGUGGUCCCUGAGGGGACCCCGCAGGGCACCCCGACCGAUGCCAAGGAGCUGGAGAAAGGUGGCUUCGCCCCCAGCCCUGUGCCCCGCAUCUUCAAAUCCAAGGAGCAGCUGAUGCUGCGGGCCAACAGCCUGAAGAAAGCCCUGCGGCAGAUCAUCGAGCAGGCUGAGAGAGCCGUGGAUGAGCAGAACAAGCAGACCCAAGCAUAUCAGGCCACCGUGGUUCCCAGCAAGAAGGACAGCUCAGAGGAGCUCAACAAGGAGGAGGAACGGCUCUGCUCUCGGCGGGAGACGGUGACCUCGGCCACCUCAUCCAUCCUCCUGGAGCGACCGGACACCUUUGGCAGCUUACAAUUCCCCGAGGAUCCCAGUGUGCUGCACUUCUCGGAAAAAUGUGUCAUGAACAACUACUUUGGCAUUGGCCUGGAUGCCAAGAUCUCCCUGGAGUUCAACAACAAGAGGGAUGAGCACCCUAAGAAGUGCAGCAGCCGCACCAAGAACAUGAUGUGGUACGGGGUGCUGGGCACCAAGGAGCUGCUGCAGCGCACCUACAAGAACCUGGAGCAGCGGGUGCAGCUGGAGUGCGACGGGGUACCCAUCUCGCUGCCCAGCCUGCAGGGCAUCGCCGUGCUCAACAUCCCCAGCUACGCAGGGGGCAUCAAUUUUUGGGGUGGCACCAAGGAGGACAACAACUUCGGCGCGCCGUCCUUCGACGACAAGAAGCUGGAGGUGGUGGCUGUGUUUGGCAGCAUCCAGAUGGCCGUGUCACGGGUCAUCAACCUGCAGCACCACCGCAUCGCACAGUGCCGCGUGGUGAAGAUCACCAUCCGUGGGGAUGAGGGCGUCCCGGUGCAGGUGGAUGGGGAAGCAUGGAUCCAACCGCCCGGCGUCAUCCGGAUCCAGCACAAGAACAGGGCACAGAUGCUGACCAGGGACCGGGCGUUUGAAAGCACCUUGAAGUCAUGGGAGGACAAACAGAAGGGGGAGAGCUACCGUACAGCCGCGCGGCCACGGCUCAGCUCACAGCAGUCCAUGGAGUACCUGACCGAGGAGGAGAGCAGCUUGCUGCAGCAGCUGUCACGCGUGGCUGAGACCCUCAUUGCCAGGAUCCGUGAGGCAGCCAAGGCGCACAAAGGCGUGGAACAGGAGCUGGCACACGCCGUCAAUACCAGCACCUCGGCGCUGAGCGAUGCGCUUUGCAACAAAGCUGCCGGCACCCCCGAGUUUCUCAGCAGGAACGCAGCUGUGGAGGUGGUGCUGAGCAUCAAAGCUCUCUAUACCGAGACCAGAGCGUUCCUGGAGGGGAAGGCGGUGAGUGCGGGGCUGAGGACCCCCCCGAGCCCUCCAGCCCAGCUGUCCCCCCUGCCAGCAGGUGGCACUGGGGCUGGGGACGGUCCCUGUCCCCCACAGCUGGACUCACCCCUGGAGGAGGAAGCACUACAAGGCCCCCUAAGCGCAUUGGGCCAGGAGCUGCAGCGGCUGUUGGACAUCCACUGGCUGGGACCCAUCGCCCACCCCAGCGAGGAGGAGAGUGCCAGCAGUGCCAAUAAGGGCAGCUUCAAACUUCGCCUCAACAUCCCCAAGCCCAGGAAGGACAAGGCACAGAAGCAAAAGAGCAACAGCGCGCUCCCAGCGGACAAGUGGGGUGCUGAGGAGGUGGCCGCCUGGCUGGAAACACUUGGGUUAGGGGAAUACAGAGAGAUUUUUAUCCGACACGACAUCCAGGGCUCAGAGCUGAUCCUGCUGGAGAGGAGAGACCUGAAGGACCUGGGCAUCACCAAAGUCGGCCACAUGAAGAGAAUCCUGCAAGCCAUUAAGGAGCUCAGCAACCCACCCUAGGCUGCCAGGAGCUGGGGGGCCUGGGUCCCUGCUGCCCCCUGUGCGCGUGUGUGUGUGUAUGGAACCCUCUCCCCCCUCCCCGCUUGCCUUGCUUUGUCUGUUUGUCCCCCCAGCAUCCCUGGAGCUGCUGCUUCUCCCUGAGCCUCGGGGGCUGAAGGUGCCGGCGGGUGCAGGGUCACUACAGGAGCCAGGGAGCUGGGCUGCAGUAUGGGGCCAAAGCAAAAAGAUCUCCCCCUUUCUCUAUGUUGGUAUUUAAGCUGUGUAAAUAUUUGGAGAAAAGAUAUUUAUUGCUGCUGCUGGUGUCAAAUCACUGCUUGGGGACAGAAAGAAGAUGGGACCCAGGCACCCUUCCAGCCCCUCCUUUAUCCCUGCAUCCCCUCCACGUGCAGCCCCUACUACAACCACAUUAAGAUAUACACAAUAUUUUAUUGACAGCUCUACAUCACUUUUUUUUUUUUUUCCCCAUUCAGUAAAAACAGUGUUUGGGUUUGGUUUUUUGUUUUCUCCCCCCUUUUAUGUACACAGUGCUCCCACCCCGCUAUUUACAGGCUAUGUACAGAGGCAGGGCUAGCUUUUCAACUUCUCCUCCAGCUUCAUCAUGUCCAUGGGGGUUGUCUUGGCGACCUCAAAGA